AUGUCCGCCUCCUCGGGCCAGGCCAAGCAGCACCGUGGCGAUUCCUCCACCUACACGCCCGUAUACCAAGACGACACGGACGAUACUGGCGCCCAGACUGCCCACGAUGCCGAGACGCGGACGAAGCAACACCCCAUGGCGGCGUUUGCCGCGCCCCCACCACCCGGGGGCCGCUACCGCAUGAUGGCCAUGGCUACCGUCAUGGUCCUCCUCGUCGCCGCCAACCUGUACCUCUCGCUGCCGUACGCCUUUGCCGGCAGCCACGGGUACCCCAACGACGACUGCCCGGUGCCGCCCGCGGACGUGCCGCAGUACUUCCGCACGUCGCCCAACCCGUGGCCGGGGCCGACGGCCACCGGCGCGCCGGCGUUCCUGGCCCAGACGCGCGUGCUCGACCCGGCCGCGGGCACGUUUGUGCCCAACGAGCCGCUGCAGACGGCGAUGCCGAUUGCCGGCAUGCAGAGCGGCAACCAGAGCAUCUUCCGGAUGAUGGCGUUUCUGUCGCCGUACUUUCCCUCGCCGGGCUUCGGCGUCGACGAGUACCCGCUGCCCGACGGCGCCGAGAUUGUGCAGGUCCAGAUGCUGUCGCGCCACGGGGCGCGCUACCCGACGACGGGCUCGGACGUGGUGCGCCUCGGGGCCAAGAUGGCGGCGCUAAAGGGCAAGGCCACGUUCCACAGGGCGCUGGGCUUCCUGCAGGACUGGACGUACGAGCUCGGCAGCGACAUCCUGGUGCCCAAGGGCCGCCAGGAGCUGUACGAUUCGGGCGUGCUGCACAACUACAUGUAUGGCAAGCUGUACAACCCAAACAGCAAGAUUAUUGUCCGCACGACGACGCAGGACCGCAUGCUCAAGUCGGCGGAGAACUGGCUGGCCGGCUUCUUCGGCCUCGAGUGGCGGAACAAUGCCACGAUCGAGGUGCUCAUCGAAGGCGCAAACUUCAACAACUCGCUGGCGGGCUACUUGAACUGCCCCAAUGCUGAUAAAAAAACGCCGGGCUAUGAGGCCCCGACCACGUGGUAUGGUAUCUAUCUCAAGGACGCCGUGUCUCGCUUCAAUGCCAUGUCGGACGACUUUGAGUGGACAGCCAAGGAUGUCUACGCGGCGCAGACCAUGUGUCCAUAUGAGACUGUCUCGUAUGGCUUCAGCAAGUUCUGCGACUUGUUUACGUAUGAGGAAUGGCAGGGCUUUGGCUACUCCAUUGACCUGUCUUUUGCUUCUACCAACGCUUUCCACAGCCCAACAGGCCGCGCCAUCGGCCUCGGCUACCAGCAAGAAGUCAUGGCCCGUUUGAAGAACCAGACGCUCGGCUACUCGGGCUCCCAAAUCAACAUCACGCUCGACAACAACCUCUCGACCUUUCCCCUCAACCAGAGCCUCUACUUUGACUUUUCCCACGAUACCAACAUCAUCUCCGUCCUGACCGCCUUUGGCCUGCGCCAGUUUGCCGACGCGCUCCCGGCCACGGCGUACCCCGGCGACCACGCGUUCACCGUGUCGCACAUGACGCCCUUUGGCGCCCGCCUCGACAUGGAGGUUAUCAAGGCGCCGCGGCCCGUCUCCCCGCAGCGCGACGGCUACCUGGACGGUGGCGAGACGCGCUACAUUCACUUUGUGCUCAACCAGCGCACCGUGCCGCUGGGCCAGAGCUUCCCCGAGUGUGGCGCGGACCGCAAGGACGGCUGGUGCGAGCUCGAGACGUUUAUCAAGAUCCAGGACACGAUGGCGGACAAGGCGCAGUAUGACUUUGCGUGCUUUGGGGACUAUGAAGCGGAGCCGUAUGGCAAGGUCACGGAUGGCGCGCCGAACCGGUCAUGA